AUGAAAAUAUCCGUCAAUGAUCAACAAAUCAAUUGUGAUGAUUCGGAGGAAAAUUUUUGUUCAAAAAAAUCGUCUUAUCAAAAAAGAAACAAUUGUUCUUCGGAUGAUGAUCAGCAAAAAUCAUUCGUAAUUCAGCCAGAUAAUUCUCAACAAUUCAUCGGUUGUCAAAUUAUUCUCGUCAAUCAUCGUCAAAGAAUUUAUGGUGAAGAGAUCAGUUCAUACCUUAAAAAUCAUGGUUUAACAACAUCAAUUCUUGUUAUUAGAGAAGAUUAUUCAUUACAUAAAGCAAUUAACGAUGCAAUAGAACAAAAAUCUCUCUAUGGAAUUAUUAUUUUACCGAUGCAUGAAGAGCGACGUUCAGCUUCGUUUCAUAUUCUUCAUGGACAAAUCGAAGAACAUCGAAAUUUGAAAUUGGAAGAUGGUUAUGAAUUAAUUCUCAACAAUUAUUCGAUGUUUAAACAAAAAUCUUGUCAAAUAUCAACGAUUCAGGAUAAACUUCCAUUAUCGACAUUGUUGUGUCUUUUAGCUGAUGGAAGACAAUUGACUUUAGAUGAAAUUGAUCGUGUUCUUAUUUAUUUACUUGAAAAAAAAUCUUACAUGUUGAAUUUACCAACAGGCAAAUUACCACCAUUACCUGUACAAUAUGCAAAUUAUCAAAAAGAUUCUUCAUCGAAUGAAUUAUCUCCAACGUUAAUCGAACAAAUUCGUGAGAUAUUCAAUACAAAUCUGAAGAAAACAUAUUCAACAUCAUCUUUAUCACAAUCGAUAUCAAAUUGUCCAACAGUUGAUAAUUCAACUGCAAUUUUUCAAGCAUAUGCACAAUUCAAAGAAAUUCCACCAUUGAUGAGCAUCAAUCAUCAACAAAUCAGAAAAUAA